AUAGUAAAAAGUGCCUGUAAUACUAAUAAUAAUACGUAACUCUCGGUCUUCAGUUGGAAUCUGUACUUGUUUCUUGUCAAAUACAUCGAAAACUUCUGUGUACAUUGUUAUUUCAGAUAAUCUUGCAGCACAAUUUCAUUAUGAGUGCUGCUGGGUUGUCAAAACUGUGUAAAAUGUGGCCGAAUCGACUGAUUUGUGCCUCGAUCAUGUCGAAGAUUCCUACACGAAGAAUAUCGGCAUCGGAAAUUCCGUUUCCAGUUCGAGACACGUUUGGUGGAAACAGAUUUUAUAAUCACAGGAUGGCAUUGUCAUGUAGAACACGUUGGUCUUCAGUGCUUUGUGGAAGGUCAAACCAAAAUCUUGCAUCUUUAAGUUUACAAAUGAAUGUACCUUCCCAUCAGACGGUCAGGGGUCUAUCCACAUCAAGAUCCUCUUCCAGUAUUUUCUCAAAUCGAUCAUCGACUAAUUCUCCACAACCAAAUGAUGAGAACCUCAUCUACAGUGGACCAUUGACCAACAUGGUCAAGCUGGUGAAGCUGUUUUCAUUGUCAACAAGCGGUCUGUCCAUUAUGAUACUUCAGAUAAUGUUCAUGAGCAGUGAAAGUGGCGCCAUGAAGGUGAUCGGCGGCUCGAUGGCAUCCCUCUUGCUCCUCACACCAAUCGUACUCCAUUGGAUCACCAAAUCAUACGCGACGCAGAUUUACUACGAUAACGUCACAGACACCUACACAGCGUACACCCUCAACUUCUUUCUGACCACAACCAAGCGAGUAUUUACGCCUGCCGAUGUUGAAGUCCCUGCCGUUCGCAACCUGAUGACAUCGUUCAUGGUUAAGGGAAAACCCCUUUUGGUGAACCCAACCGCCUUCUUUCAUCCCAACCAUUUUAGCCAUCUUAUGGGUUAUGAUAAGUUACCAGAGGACUUCACCAUGGAGGAGAUGGAGCAAGCUAUGGCUGAAGACUCAGAUGACGAACCCCCCCCAAAAGGAAUGAUGAAGUAACGCUCAAACAAUCACUAUUUUUAAAUUUUGAUGGCCACUGAUUUGAUGUUAACAACAGCAGGGGCCAAUUUCAUAGCACUGAUUAUAUAACACCCAAGCAGAUCCUUGCCAUUUGAUUGGAGGAUUGUCUG